CUUUUAUGUUCCAAAAUUUCAUGCUUUUUUCAUUUUCACUUUUUUUGUUGUUUGCAAGUGUGUGUGUACGUGUGUCGUUGAGUCACACACAACACACGCGCACCUUUUUUGCUAUUUCCAUUUAUUUAUUAAUUCUCCACAUCACCUAUAUAUAUUUUUUUACUUGUAAUAACAAUGUCCAAUCCCGAACACAAUCGCAAGCGGCUGGCCAUGGGCAUCGUCGAGUACCUCGAAAAGGUUGUCACUGAGGGCUUUGUCUCCGGCGAUGGCGCUGAGAGUCUGGAAAUUGCCAAGCAAUGCAUUGCCGAUGCAUUUGCCAUCAACACCGAGGACGAGGAGCAGGUCAAGGAUCUUUCGCUCAAGCCUUUCUCGCUGGACAAAGUGUUUGAGGUGUACCUGAACGCGCAAGUAAAGGCUGGAGAGAGCUUGAAGACCGAGGAGAUCCCCAUUGCCGCCCCCACUGGCCCGUCCGACGACGACCGGAAGCGCGCCGACGAGUUCAAGGCGACCGGCAAUACCCUAGUCACCAAGAAGGACUAUGUGGGGGCCAUCGAGGCAUACACCAAGGCCAUUGAGCUGGUCGGCGACAACGCCGUCUACUAUGGCAACCGGGCCGCAGCCUACAGCCAGAACGGCGACCACGAGGAGGCAGUCGAGGAUGCCAACAAGGCGCUGGAGAUCGACCCCAAGUACAGCAAGGGCUUUUCGCGUCUGGGGCGCGCUCUCUUUGGGCUGGGCCGCUUCAAGGAGGCCGCCGAGGCGUACGAGAAUGGUCUGGAGCUGGAUCCUCAGAACGCCGUCAUGCGGGCGUCGCUGAACUCGGUGAAUGCCAAGCUUGACUCAUCAUCUGCUAUGGCUGAAACAAGCCGUUCGGCAUCAGCCAGCGACGACGGUGCUGGCGCUGGUGCCGGUGCCGGUGCCGGUGCCAGUGCUGGUGGAUUCGACUUUGCGUCGCUGAUGAGCAACCCUGCGCUGAUGGGCAUGGCACGGAACAUGAUGGCUAACGGCGGGCUUGAUAGCCUGAUGAGCAACCCAGCUGUUUCACAGCUUGCUGAGAACUACCGCAACACUGGGCAAAUGCCCAACAUGUCCGAUCUAAUGGGCAAUCCGGAGCUUGCCAACAUGGCACGCAACCUUUCUGGAGGAGCUGGGGCCGGAGCUGGAGAUGGAGCCGGAGCCGGGGCAGCGCCCGCGAGUGACAGCUCCAACCCUAUGGCAUCGCUGCUGAACAACCCUGCACUGAUGAACAUGGCGCAGCAGUUCAUGCGCGGCAACAACAACAGCGGCGGCAACAGUGGCAAUUAAAUGCUUUUUUCUGCCUUAUGUGUGUCCGCGAAUCUGCCAAUCGAACAAAUCACUUUUGGUGAUCAAAUUUUAUAAUAUCGAGUGAUCCAACGAAAUAAAUUUCAUGAUCAAAAAAUGGUUCCAAAAGCACAUAUAUGCAUGCAUACAAAUACUCUGAUGCGAAAUCUUCACGAACGGCGAGAUCGAGCGAGAGUCGGGCUAAUAUUUUCCUUCGUGAUUCGCAGUUUGCAAU